GUGGCGGUGCGUAACGAUCGUACGCUAAGACACAAUCGGCAGUUGGGUGCCUGCAAUACGCCGGAGGUCCUAACGUUCCGUGUUCGGGACGGGUGUCGCAUGCGGCGACGAAUACAUAAUAGUGCUCAAGCCCCUACUUAUCUUCUGACUUGUAGCCGCAUUCCAACGCCACUUCCUCUUUGCACGCAUUUGUGUCCCUUCUUCGUAUGAUACUACAGUAACUUCUGCUAAUACUGAUGGAGAAGGAUCCCGGUAGAGCGUCGCCGGAAUCGCAAGCGCCACUGUCUGGCCGUGAUUCUUUCAGAAGCUCGCGUCGAUCAUACGCGUCCGUACAUCUCAUCCCGACUCCUGAGGGGGAGCGUAGGCGGCCGCCCCGUUAUGAGCCCCUGAUUUUGAAGACGUGGGUCGUAAUGUCCGUGACGACAUUCAUGAUUGUGCUCGCUAUUGCAACAGAGGUUGCUCUACAUUUCUCUGAUAGGCAACAAGGCUUUGCUGUUGCGGAGAAGAAUGUUUUCAGCUUCGUACCAACAUCCUUCCUGUUGUCGUUUUUCCCGAUCCUAUUCAUUCUUCCUCUCACCAAAAUUUGGGCGGGAGCGAAUUGGGGUAUCCAAACAUUCCAGCCAUAUGUCACGCUAUCGAAAGGGGAUGGAAAGGCAGAGGAUACAAUUCUCCUCGACUAUAUGGCACUGAACAACUGGCAAACCAUGCUCAUAGCGACGAAAAGGAGGCAUUGGCUAGUCUUUGUCUCGUUGAUGACAAUCUUCGUCGCCAGCUUCAUGCAGCCGCUUGCUGGUUCCGUGUUUACCCUAGCGACUCCGGAGCAUCGUCAAGAGGUUGUCUUACGUUCACAGCGAGGACUUGGUCUGGUUUCUACCUACGGGAACUUAAACGCCUUCUCGUCGGCUGCCGGAUUCACAGAUUCAAAGGUUUAUCAGGGCCUCCCUGACCCUCCCUUCGUUGCUGGAGAAUGGGCCGUAGCCCAAUUCGAGAUUCCCCAGACCAAGGAUGCUGCUGCCGCCGUGGAAGCCGAAGUAGUCGGGAUUGCUACCCAGACAAACUGCUCAGCCCCAACCACUUCCUCUCUCACUAACCUGUCCAAUCCCAUCAUCCCUCAGUUUCAAUUCAGUGCAUCGCUCUCCGAUGGGUGCACGGGCCGUGUCCAAUUCAAUCCCGAUGACUCCAACCAACAGUACGGCGUCGUUCAGGUCGACUCGGCGAGCUGCGGUCUCGACAACAUUACAGACACACAGCUACUGCCUGUCAUGUUUUGGUUCUUUCAUUCGACGCUGGGUGGACAGGGGCAGAAUGUCACAAGGGCAAAGGGCGUCGUUUGCCGGCCGAUGAUGAAGAUCCAGACAGUCCUGGCCACUGUCAAUAUCAGCACGGCUGCGCUCACGAGCAUUAACCCGCUCGCGAAUGUCAGCGACACCAACAAUAACAUCACAGGGCAACCACUGAAUGGGCGACCGCUGAAUGGUGUCAUCUUUCCCCCGACAAACAACACCUUCGUGGGAUCCAGAGGUCUCACCAUCUCGAUGGGACUUCCUGGGACCAUCUACCGGAAUGCCUCAUUGACGCCGGGUUUUGAUGACUUCUUCGAGGACAGCUCAACUAGCUUCCUCUCUCUGACGUCUUCAGUAUACUCGACGUACUUGUCAGUCAUCGCCAAGACGGUGUACUUCGUGCCCGCGGAGUUCUCGAUCAAAGCAGACCUCAUCAACCAUUUGCCGCGACUUGUGGUCGAACCACUGGCUGCGCACGGCCUCGCCGCAGUCCUCCUCACCGUCGGUAUCGUUGGCAUGAUUGUACAUCUUCUCCACCGUCACGCACGCCGCGAUCUCUAUUUAACAGCGCCGCCCGGUUCGAUCGGCGCGUCCAUGGCUUUGGCCUUCCACGCCGGCUUCGGCGCCUCACUCACGCCCUAUGACGACGGUGAAAGCAUUGGCCGGAAGCUCAGAUCCAUGCGCUUCAGCAUGGACCGGAGGACGGGUGCGAUCCUGGCGGAGGAGAUUGACGACGGGGACGCGGCAAUGCCUUUGACACGGUCCUCGGAGGAGACACUGAAGGGGUAUAGGGAUUAUUAAAGCUGUGACGGCGCGUACGUGUGAGCAUUUCCCGCAAUCGCCGUGCCCUCGAAUGAGUUCAUUAGAUGCUAUGUACUGCUUUCUAACUUAUCACGGAUACGCAACCUGGACAGCCCCGAGUUAAGAUGA